UAUGUCGAGUUUGUUAACGCGUGUAUGAACUCCCAAUUUAAGAAUACACGCGAGGUUUUAUAAAGGGUUCUCAAGUAUAUUGUCACAUUUUUUAGUUGGUUCAAGUAGAGUUGUACUCCUGCACUCUGUUCCUGUAUUUGUCAGCCUCUCUGCUAGGGGUAUUUACAGAGUGUACCUGGUCAAAUUUUGCGCCAUGAACGAGUAGAUGACGGUAGCGUCGGAAGCACAGCCACAUCACACUAAGUCCUGAAUCUCAACGCAAAGUAGAUUCCCAAGUUAAUAAAUACUUCACAAAUUAUUUUGAAAGGAAAAGGGUGAUUCUUGUUUCAAUUUGGGUUGCAAAUCCACCAGAAUGGCAGCCAACAGUGCAAAGUCAGCUAGACCUGUCGAGGGAAGGAAAGGCGCUAAAGAUGAAAGUAUCGCCAAGGCUGCAGGCGUUGUUGUUGCUAGCGGCAUAGCUUGGAGCUUGUUCAGAUCGAUCACCAGUAGGGGGGAACAGCAGAAUAACGGUGACACAUUGAGCAAAGAGGUGAAGCUGAAUGCCGGAGAUGCUGCGCUUGGGGUAAGUAGUACAAGGGGCACAUCAGAUCCUGCUGGAAGAAAAAUUUCAAAUUUCGGGUAUAAGGCAGCCGGAAAGACUGUUCAAGUGCAUGAUGGCGAUACUCUGUGGGGGCUUGCGAUGAAGCAUAAUGUUUCGGUGGAUGCGUUGAUAGCGAUUAACGGAAUCAAAGACGGAGACAGUAUAAUUGUUGGGGACACGAUCAUCCUUCCAAAAGCUCUAAAACCUUGAGCUUGUUAUGGCACAGAAAGGCUUUAAAUACUUCAUUAAAUUCUGUCAUUCGGGAUAGCAACUUUUCUGGUGGAUGUUAUCAUGUUGUUGCAUCCUUUUGGUAUUGUCCUCUAUGUGGCUUUACGAUAAUCGGCAAUAUUUUAGUUCAUCUGCAUUGUUCUCAGUAGGUGUUGUAUUAAGGAUUCCUUUUGAAACUGUUGUACAAUAAAAAGAAGUGUUUAUGAGUA